CUCCAUAGUAUCCCCCACUUCUUUAACGACCACGACAAUGUCUCAACCAAUACCUCCUAAAAUCCUUCGAAUUAAACGAAAAAGGAAUCAAGAUCCUUUACAAGCAUUAAUAUUAGAAGAUCGUAGAAGUGCUAAACGAUCAAAACCUUCAACUCCAUUACCUUCACCUAUAAGUACACCAGUUAGGUCCGGAUCUCGAGAAGAUUUAAAUUUAAUUUUUACAUUAACUAGAACUGAUGAAUUGGCUCAUGUCGAUACUUUAGAUGCUACUAUCCUUCAAACUGUACUUUCAGAAAGUGUAAGUGUAAGAGCUCCUGAUACUUCAAUUGAUACAGUUAAUAAUAAUGAUCAUCAUGGAUCUUCAACUCCGUCAACAGUAAAACCAAUUAAACAAAGAAAGAGAAAAUUUAUAAUUCCAAAUCGUCAAAUUGAAGAAGAUACUAUUAUACCAAAUGAAUUAUCAGAUAUGGUUAAUUCUUUCUUAAGUAUUGAUAAUAAAAACGGUGCCCCAAUUAGGAAAAGAAGAACUCGAAAUAGAUCAGAUGUAGUUUCUGAUCAUGCAAAUCAUCAACAACAACAACAGCAUUCAGAUCAAAUUGCUGAUGAGGAUUCUCCUGAUGAUGAAGCUUCGGAAUAUGUAUAUGAUGUCUAUCAAUUAUCUAGUGCUGUUCCCUUAACCACUGCAAAUCAUCCUCAAUCACAAAUUGGGUAUAUCAGAUUUUUUGAUGAAGAUGAUCCUAAUGGACUAUACCAAAGUGAUGAUGAAGAUGUAGAUCCUACCACUGUGUUUUCAGAUGAUGAGGAUUCAAAUGCAGAAGAUUAUUAUCAAAAUGAUUAUCCUAGUGAUGAAGAUGCUGGAGCUUAUAGUGAAACCAAUUCAUUACGUGAUGGAGAUGAAGAAGAUGAAGAAGAAAAUGAUAAUGAUAAUGAUGAAAAUGAUCAUAAUAAUUUAAUACUGGCACAGGCAGGAGAUUACAUUGAACAAUUUGAAUAUGAUGAUGACGUACAAGAAUACGGUAGACGGAAGAGUCAUCAUGAAUUGAGUGAUAGUGAAGUUGCUGGUUAUGAAGAUAUGUCACUCCUACCGGAUGAUAACUACUAUAAUAAUGAAGAUUAUGAUGAUGAGUAUGAUAAUGAGUAUGAUAAUGAUACGAAUAUGAAUAUAAAGAGAAAUAUCUUCUUCCCUACCGAUGAGCAUGAUGCUAUGGCCAUACAUAGAGAUAAGAUAUUUGGUAAAUUAGAGAAGAUGAUUAACGAUAUGGAUGAUGACUAAAGAUAUAUGUACAUAUAUUACAAAU